CUAGAAAGAUCUCGACAAUUAGGCAGCGUUCCAAUUGAAAGUCAAUGGCUACUAGGGAGGUGCAUUCAAAGUCAAAGCUUAUUCUGGCAGGCAGCGAUCUGAAAACAUAGGCGAGUCAGCCAGCUGUUCGCGGCAGGCGAGCGAGCUGAAGGCUGGAGCACGAGACAAUCCAUUUAUCCGCAGAGCAUAAGCACAGCACCUGCUCAAGAGCAGGGGGAAAGCAGAGUAACUGCAACAUUUUGAAAAUUCUUGUGCGUUGCUCGAGCGAAGAAUCCACUGACCAUUUCUAGUGGUAGAAUAGAUUCUAGGAGAAAAGUCUUAGAAGCUCAUAACAGACCUUAGUAGUUGAUUAGAAAACCAUACCUCACUAGAAAAAUCGCAGUUUUCAAUCAAACCAUACCUCACUAGAAAACCGCAGUUCGUAUCCUUAGGCUAGCGAAAAAUAGUGUAGCUGCGCAAUUGGCAAGAAGAGUAUAUCUAAGCAUAACAUAGAAUAUAGCAUAGCGACUCAUUCCUUAGGGAAACAUUAGAGAGAUCGUAGCAAAUAAAAAGGGAAAAAGAGAGAAAAAGCAUAUAGCUGAGGAGAAGAUAGCUUAGGAUAGUAUAGCUCAAGCGUUAGGUAGCAUAGCACAGCUUAGGAGAGAAUAGGAAACGUGUCGAUAGCGGGAUAAGCGUGGCCGCCGAGAUCAGGAGAUUGGCGCACGGAAAGAUAGGUAGGGUCUCGAUGGCGAUACCAUCGAGAGUCACCAGGUCAGCGCCAGUAGCUGGUCCCCCUACAUCUUCCUCCUCGAUACAAGGAUCUUGUCCAACGCCUCAGCAAAUCCACAUCCCUCCUCCCACGCCUUCGCAUCCCAUCACGAGAGCCAUGGCCGCGGCGGCGGCGGCUGCCGCCGCACUUCCGCGGGCAAAUGCGCAUACGAGGGGCAGCGUCACUUCCUUGACACCCCGACCUUCCCCCGCUCCUCCGCCGGCGGCCAAGCGAAUGAGAAAUCAUAGCGACAUCCUCAAGGUUGUCCAAGGUCCUACUGGGCAAUACAGCUCCAAGCUGGUGUGUCAGGUUCCGUUCAAGGCGGGCCAAGUAAUAUCGAAGAUCGAAGGCAUCACAAUGGGAGUCCCAAAGAAGUACACCAGCGUGCAAUGCGGUCCAGAUAGGCAUUUUGAAUUUAACAGUGAUCUCGUGUUCAUGAACCAUUCCUGCCAACCGAGUGUCCACGUCGACGUCGACAAAAUGGAGAUCGUAGCAGCACGAGACAUGCAACCUGGAUCGGAAGUUUGCUUCUUUUAUCCCUCCACAGAAUGGGAGAUGAAUCAACCUUUUGUCUGCUGGUGCGGUGCUCCUCAGUGUGUGCGCGUCAUAGCCGGUGCUAAGUUCCUCACCCCAGUGCAGCUCAGUCAGUACUUCAUUAACAAGCACAUUCGCGAGCUCAUCAUCAAGAACAUCUCUCAAGUUCCUUGCCAGGAAGAUGGGGAUAUGGCGAGGAGAGCGGGAUAUGGAGAGAAGGAGGAGGAUUUGACGAGGAGGAUGACGAGGAUAGCGAGGACGACGAGGAUAGCGAGGACGACGAGGAGGAGGAGUCGAGAUGGGGGAGGAGAAGAGAUGGACGGAGGGAAAAGAGGAAGGGCAGGAAGAAGACGACGAGUGGGAGGAGGAGACAUUGACGGCGAGGAAGGGGAGGACAUGAGGAAGGGAAGGAGACGAGGAGGCAUGGAAGAUGAGGAAGUACGAGGAGGAGGAGACAAGGAGAAUGAGGAAGGGCAGGAGGAGGAGGACGAACAAGAGGAGGAGGAGGAGGAGGAGGAGGAGGAGGAGACGAAAAGGAGAAGGGAGGAGGAGACAUGGAGGAUGAGGAAGGGGAGGAGGAGCAAGCAAGGUCUUUGCGCUACGCUGGAGGACCGCUACUAUGAUGACGAUGACAACACCACGGAAGACGCCAACAGCAUCAACCCCAACAUCGACUGCAAAGACAAUGACAAUCUCACCUGUUUCACCGCCGAUCUCAACAACAACAACAACAAUGACGACAACAACGAUUGUGGUGAUAACAACCAUGACAGCAACGACAACAACAACAUCAGCAACGACGACAAAAAUAACAACAUCAACAACAACAAUAAUAACGGCGACGAUUGUGAUCUUCGUUAUGAUGGCGAUGACUUGCGCAUCCAAGUCAUUCAGGUUGUCGCCACCGAUAAUAACGACCAAUUUGCCGGUUGUGAUGUCAACAUUUACAACAGCGAUUCGGAUGGGAGUGGUCGCUGGGUGCAGCGGGCUCCUUGCACGAUUUUUGUCAUAUUCAGUGGAGGUUGGCCUUUUGGGGAGGGGAUCACUCUCUGCAUGUUCAUGAGCUGUUCGUGUCGGCGAGGUAGCAUUUGCUCCUUCAGUGGGAUCCGGGUGGGAGGGUCGCAGGGUAGGACAACGGCCUCACUUACCCAUCUGUGCUAUCUAGAGGGGGGCGCUAUAAUUGGCAUAUCAUCUGACUUGACUGCCUUCUCUGAUUUAGUAUCUCAAGAGCUAUCCAGGAGCUUCGCCAUAACUGUGCUUAGAUACAUCCUGGACAGUCCUGGUGUGAAUAUGCCCGCAGAAUUCUAAAUUACGCUUAAAGAACACAGGCACCCUUAACAGCCCUUCAUGCCACCAACUGGCACACAUCACAACCAACAAACAAACAAUUAUGUC